AUGUGCUGCUCAUCGGGCAGCCCGGGGGGCGCGCAUCACAGGCAACAUCAGCACAAGGGGGAGAAUCUGGUGGAGCGAGGGUUGGAGUGGGUCUUCCGGGUGACGGGGCUGCAGGCCUACGCGCACAUGCUGCAUGACAGCGAAGAGGCCUCCAAGGCUAUCGUUGUGCUCAUAGCCGUUGCCACGCUGGCGCAUUUUGCAGCAGGCGCGCUGGCACAGUAUGCCGGUCUUCUGUUGAAGGCCAAGGUGGCGGCUCUGGCGGCGAUCUAUCUGCUGGCAGGCGUGCCGGGAAUGGUGGAGGUUUGCGAGCAUGUGGCGGCCGGGGAAGUCACCCCGCACGUGCUCAUGAUGCUGUCUGCUCUGGGCACAGUCAUCCUGGGGAAGGCCUUCGAGGGAGCGUGGCUGCUGGUGCUGUUCAGCGCGAGCCACGCGAUCGAGCACAACGUGACGCGCCGCGCGCAGGGCAGCAUGGCCAGCCUGCAGGAGUCCCCCCAGUCCGCCUGGCGGCUGGCCACCGCCCCCGACGGAUCCCCCGCCCCGGGGGAACCACAAAAAAUCGACCGGUCAGACGUGCGCCUGGGCGACCUCAUCUUUGUGAAGGCCGGCGAGCAGGUGCCAGUGGACGGAGUGACAGUGAAAGGUGCAGCGCAUGUGAGCAACCAGCACAUAACGGGCGAGGCGCUGCCGAUUCUGGCGCAACAGGGCACCGAGCUGUUGGCCGGUGCUUUGGCCACCGACAGCUGGCUCGUUCUGCGUGCGACAAAGGUGGCGCGGGAGUCCGCCCUCGCGCGCAUCGCGGAGCUGACUGAGUUUGCCAAGGCGCACCGGCCGGAGAUUCAGGGCCAGCUGGACGCGUUCGGGGGGUGGUACUCGCGAUUUGUCAUCUUGACAACUCUCGCGGCAAUCCCUCUCAUGGCAGCCGUCGGAGUGCCGCUUUUAGGCGCUGGGGCCGAGCCGGGGGCCGUAUACCGAGCGAUGGGCUGGUUAACGGCCGCCGCCCCCUGCGCCGUAGUCAUGGUUCCCCUCGCGUACACCUCAGCGCAGUUCGCGCUUAGUCGCAGGGACAUAUUAGUCAGGAGGGCGAAUGUCUUUGACGCGGUGCAGACGUGCGGCACGGUCGCCUUCGACAAGACCGGCACGCUCACAACCGGCGUCAUGGCAGCAACCUCCAUGCAAAGCCUGCAGCAGCCCAGCGUGCAGCCUCAGCAGAAUAGCGCAACACAGUCCAACUCAGCUAGUGGCUGGGCACAGCAGGUAGCUAGAUCAGGAGACACCAGCGAAAAGAAGGCACUAGCACUGGCGAUCACACUUUCGCGGCGGGUGUCUCACCCGGUUGCAGAUGCCCUGACGACGCUUGGGGACAGCCUAGGGCAGCUUCAAAGGACAGAACAUGGCUUGGCAGGAGAUGGCGGGCUUCCUCGGAUAGACAUCAGCGCGUUCAGAACAGAGACUGGUGGGUCGGAGGGAACGUUUCAGGAGAACGGGCAGCCGUGCUUUGCGCGCUUUGGAUCAGUCAGCUACGCCAGCGCAGCGUUGCCAAAGCAGCGUGCUGCUGACCUCGCACGCCUCGUGGACGGCCUCAAAGCGGCCACCACUGUGUCUGUGCUGGUGGCUGCUCCUCAGGAAAGUAGAAGUGACGGCAGCGGUAGCGGCAGUAGUAAUGGGGCAGACGCUGGCUCGUCCAAUCCCCUCAUCAGGGUGUUUACCUUUGAGGACCAGGUGCGGCCGAGCAGCCACGCAGCGGUGGCGGCUCUUCGGCAGGGCACCUGGAGGAGGGAACGCCCCAGCGCUGCAGACCGGCUGCGAGUGCUCAUGCUGACCGGUGACAACGAGGUCAGCGCCGCGCGCAUCGCCGCUCGCCUCGGCAUCGCUGAUGUCAGCGCAGGGCUGCGGCCUGGUGAGAAGCAGGCGGCGAUUGAGGCGGCUCAGCGCGAGGCGGCCGCAUCACCCCGCGGCAGCGGAGUCAUCAUGGUGGGCGACGGCAUGAAUGAUCUGCCGGCGCUGGCGGCUGCGACGGUGGGAGUUGGGGUGGCCGGCUCGCGGCCGGGCGCGGUGGCGAACUGGGUCGACGUCAUCCUGCUGCACAACAAUGGCGCCGAGGCCGUGCCGCUGUUGUUAGACACCGCCCACCGCACGCGCAGCAUCAUCCGCCAGAAUCUGGUGUUGGCGUUUGGAUCGAUAGCCGCGCUGGCACUGCCUGCUCUGCUGGGCUGGGUGCCGCUGUGGGCCGCUGUGGCGCUGCACGAAGGAUCCACCGUUCUCGUUGCUUUGAAUUGUACCCGGCUCCUCUCCUUGCCUCGCCGCUCCUGGACAACUGAGGCCACCAGUGAGGAGGUUUCACAGGGCAACACAUUGGCCAACUCCAACGCUGGGAACAGCUCGGAGAAUGAGGGAGUAGGACUGCACAUGGAGCCUUCCAUUGCUGUGAGCCCGGCCUGAGGGCGCACAACUUCAGUUUAAUGGACCAAGUUUGCUGUGUCAGGAUCAACUGUAGGCUCAUGAGCUCGUUGCUGAGUACAAUUGAGAGAGAGUUGAUGAAGUGCUGUUGAAGUUCCAUCAAGCGAGGAUUGAAUGCCUAAUGAGGAUGGGCCUGUUGGCUAGAGAUUGGAAUCGAAGAGAAGAUUGUGAGUCUGGCUAUUUGGGAACGAGUGGCGAAAGGUUGACAGAGGGUUGAAACAAUUUGAAUUGUUUACAUGUACAUGCAUUGCUUGUCUUGCUGUUGCAUCAGCUGACAGCACCUCUUGCUUGACAAGCGCUAUUGAGCUCUUACUAAUCAUGAUUAAUCCAGUGCAAAAGAAGCAGGAUCAGAAUACUUGAUCUGAUCAGGAAAUUAUGCUGCCUGUAAUGCCUUGCCUGCCUUGUUUC